CCCUUUUUUGUCUUUUCCCCCACUUUUUGCCCACUUAUGUCCCGCAAACUCCCCCACCAUGACUACAGCCUCCGCAGCAUGAGCAACUUGCUGAGCGAGAGGCGGAAAAAGGCGAGCGACGACGGCGAGAGGAGCCUCAUCACAGGGGCGGGGGCUUCCAGCCUCAGCAGCCCGGGCGCGCUGAGCGCCUCCACGGCCUCAGUCAACUCUGCCGCCGCCGUUUCCGUCUCUGCUGCUGCUGGAGACCCAGAGCGAGCCGCGCGGAAGCAGCUGCAGCGGGACGACACGCCGGCCUUCGUAUACGUGCUGGCCGCCUUCUCCGCCCUGGGGGGCUUCCUGCUGGGCUACGACACGGGCGUGCUCUCCGGGGCCGUGCUGCUACUCAAGCGCGAAAGCAACGUGACCGCGCUGUGGCAGGAGCUGCUGGUGUCAUGCGGCGUGGCCGCGGCGGCGGUGUCCGCGCUGGCCGGCGGUUGUCUGAACGGGCUGCUCGGGCGCAGAGUCUGCGUGCUGCUCGCCAGCUGCGUCUUCGCCAUCGGCGGCGUGGUCCUGAGCGCGGCGCCCGGCAAAGAGGUGCUGCUCGUGGGGAGGCUGCUGGUCGGACUCGGGCUUGGGAUCAACUCCAUGACUGUUCCUGUCUACAUCGCUGAGGCCUCCCCGCCACAUCUGAGAGGACAGCUGGUCACCGUCAACACGCUCUUCAUCACUGCUGGCCAGCUUGUUGCCAGCCUUAUCGACGGGGCCUUCAGCUACGUACAGCAUGGAGGAUGGAGGUACAUGCUGGGCCUGUCUGCAGUACCUGCUCUGGUUCAGUUCUUUGGUUUCCUCUUCCUGCCUGAAAGUCCCCGCUGGCUCAUUCAGAAAGGUCUCACUCAGAAGGCACGGCGUGUGCUCAGCCAGAUCCGCGGCAACCAGAACAUAGACGAGGAGUACGAUAGCAUCAAGAGCAGCAUCGAGGAAGAGGAGAAAGAUUGUGGAGGAGAUGGUCCCAUUCUGUGGCGUAUGUUGACCUAUUCUCCAGCACGGCGUGCUCUGAUUGUGGGCUGUGGACUCCAGAUGUUCCAGCAACUCUCUGGCAUCACUACGGUCAUGUACUACAGCGCCACCAUUCUGCAGAUGUCAGGAGUGCGGGACGACAAGUUGGCUAUCUGGCUGUCCUCCCUGACCGCUCUCACCAACUUUCUGUUCACACUGCUGGGCGUGUGGCUGGUCGAGAGGGUGGGCAGAAGGAGACUGGCUCUGGGCAGCAUCAUUGGCACUUGCUUUAGUCUUUGUCUCCUGGCCUUUGGUUUCUUGCUGUCCGCCAAGCACUCCCCUCCAGUCACCAUUCACCCAACUGAUCCAUCUCUGGUCAAUUCCAGCUGCAUCACACACCUGUCGUGCGAGCCGUGUAUGCUGGAUCCAAGCUGUGGUUUCUGCUACCAACAGAACAGCACUGCUGUGUUUGCCUCCUCCUGUGUCCCAGUCAAUCAGGCCUCUACUGAGAGAGCAGCGUGGGGCAGGUGCUCCAACUCAACCCGGUCUACAGAUCACAGUCUUUGGGCUUAUAAUUUCUGUCCAAGCUCCUACUCUUGGGUGGUGCUCCUAGGACUUAUCCUGUACUUGGCUUUUUUUGCUCCAGGACUGGGUCCAAUGCCAUGGACUGUUAACUCAGAGAUCUACCCUCUGUGGGCCAGAAGUACAGGCAAUGCCUGCUCGGCUGGUGUGAACUGGACCUUCAACGUGCUGGUGUCUCUGACGUUUCUCCAUUUAGCCCAGUAUCUCACCUACUAUGGUGCAUUCUUCUUGUACUCCAGCAUGGCUCUGCUGGGCUUCUUCUUCAUUUAUGGCUGUCUCCCCGAGACCAAAGGCCGGCGGCUGGAGGAGAUUGAGUCCCUUUUUGAGAACCGCCUGUGCUCCUGCGGUGCCUCGGACUCAGACGAGGGCCGGCAGGUGGAGUAUAUCAGGGUCAAAGGCUCAAAUUACCACCUAUCGGACAACGAUGCCUCAGAUGUGGAGUAACCCUGUCAUGCAGCUCAAAGAACAUCCCUGUGAAUCCUCUCUCAGGCUCCAUACAGAGCAGACGAAGGGAAUGAAUCUGUCUUUUCUUCACCCUACCCUGACGUCAGGUCCGUCUGUACCAGGCAGGAUGCAUCUUACACAAACAACAGUCCACCAUGAUUGAAAGAAAAUGCCAUGAACAGCAUACUCAAUCACAUAAUGCGCUCACCAAGCCAGCUUUUGUCUGACGUGAUCACUACGUUAUGAGUUCAAUGGUACAUGCAGAUAUAUAAUAUUCCGACAGAUGUUGCACCACUGUUUUAGUGCUCAUUUCCACACUAUGAGAUGUUUCUUGGAGUGAAAUAUGAGUCUUACAUGUGUGUGGAGAUGCUUAACAUAAUGGGACUCUGUUUGCACCAUAGUGUUUAGAUAACCCUUAGAAGUUGCAGUUAUCAUCUGUGAUAACAAACACAUUGCUUAUUUUAUUACUAUUUCCUAAUCGUGGCUCACAGAAAGGAGCGGAGAACCUCAGCUGAAAAUGCAGAUUCUCAACUCUCAGCUGACUACACAUGUGCGCUUGUAACUAGAAGAGGAGAUAUAAGUUAUAAGCUGUUGUGUGCAGUCUUCUUUUACAGAAAGAAAAAAAUCCCAUCCUUCAGUUUUUUUUUCAGUAUUUCUUGACAUUGAAUCAAACAGAAAAGUCUGAAGUGCAGACACGAAGCUGUCUGUAUAGAAAGUAAAUGCAAGUCAUUAUGUAACUAUGUAACUAAAAAAUAUAGCAAAAUAACAGUAAAAACUCAACUUCUAAGGAUUAAUAUUUGUGAACAACAUUCUACAGUUCAGAGGUGCAAUACACACAGAAAACACUUAUAACUCUUAUGGCGAGCUGGGGUGUAAAAAUGUCAAAGAAAAUAUGUCUUUUGCAAAUAUCAUUUAAAAUGUGUAGCAUACCAGAACUGGAUAGUAGCCUGAAUUCUGUCUUACACUGUUUCCUUUGGCAGCAGUUUAACAGUUGAAUACACAACCCCUUCGUUACAAAUAGAUAUUAGGAGCUUAGCGUGUGCUGAUAUGUAUAGAGCUUAGAGAGUAUUUUAGGUUAGUGUGCAAUGACCUCCCAAAUCAGCUUCAUAUUUUUACCCAUCCAUUCUUUUUGGAUUAGACAAAUCCAAGUUUACCUUUGUCUUUUUGACUCAGUUUGAUUUUGUCUUCCUUUAUAGCCUUGUGUACAAAUAGCACUGCAUCGCAUAGCCCUUGUCCAUGUAACAGAGUGCAAUACCUGUUUUGGCGAGUAGUGUAAUAUCCAAUGUUCUGUUUUGUAUUGUGCUACUGUGAGUACACCUUGGUAGUCUGGUACACAUAGAUUUGUGCCAAGCUGACAUGUUGUGGCUGUGUGUGUAAAAAAACAGUCAAUAGGUAUUGUAAAAGCAACAAUAUCAAGCAAAACUAACACAAGUGCUUUUUAUGCUAAUUUGUUGUUUUAGUGGCCGGUAAUGUGUGAUUGUGCACAUUAGGCCUUGUGUAUUAUGCCUUUUUUUUCCACUGUUAGCGCAAACUGAUACAUGAUUGUGUUUUCA